GAGGGCUGAUCGCCGCGACAAGAUAAACAUCCCCCAAACCGGACCAAAGCACCCGCGGCGAAACCAAACCGCUCUCCGCGACUCCACUCUUCCUCCCCUCCCCAGUAGGCAGCUCGCAAGGCACGCCCCGGCCGGCGGCCAUGAGCGUGGUGAUCCUGGACGGCUCGACGGUGCGCGCCUUCGUGGCGGACGAGGCGGCGUUCGCGCGCAGCGUGGACGCGCGCUUCGCGGCGCUGGACGCCAACGGCGACGGCGUGCUGUCCCGCGCCGAGCUCCGCCGCGCGCUCGAGUCGUUCCGCCUCCUCGACGGCGGCGGCUUCGGGUCCGCCCAGCCGCCGCCGCUCCCCGCCGAGGUCGCCGCGCUCUACGACGCCGUCUUCGAGCAGUUCGACGCCGACCACAGCGGCGCCGUCGACCGCGCCGAGUUCCGCGACGAGAUGCGGCGCAUCAUGCUCGCCGUCGCCGAGGGGCUCGGCUCGCAGCCGCUCCAGGUCGCCGUCGACGACGAGGGCGGAAGCUUCCUGCUCGAGGCCGCCGAGCACGAGGCCGCCGCGAUCGCCGCCAAGCUCGACGCGGAGCGCAAGGCGGAGGCCGACGCUGCUGCCGCCGCCGCCGACGGCGCCAAGUGACGUGCCGCGGGGCGGUGACCUUGUUUGUGCUCUGCGCUUGCUGUACUGCUUUCUAGAUGUUGGUGUGCUAGUACGUGUCAGUCCGUGCGCUGCUACACGUGUACGUGAACGGACAACCGGCCGGUGGCACUCUUGCUGGGAAAUCAGUUCUACUUUAUUUGUGAAGGGAAUAAAACGGCUUUCAAGUCUCGGAUGUAACUUGGCAACUUGUCGACCGUUUACCGUGUCUCUAAAAACAACCUGUUCAUUGCCA